AUGAAGGGGGAGAAGGAGAAAAAAGUAAAGAAACGUCGUAAUGUUGCCGAGAAGGCAACAAAAGUGAAGAAGAUCGCUUCUGCACAGAGCGUACCUCCGCAUACAGAAGAAGAAGAAGAUCUACCAACUAGCAGCAUCGAUGCAACACAUAAUGAAUCCGAGGAAGUUCAUACGGAUGAUGAUGGGGCCCCCAUGGAUGUAACCACCAAGGAGGAGGAGGCCUCCACAGCAGCCGAAACAGAUGGAUCGGAGAGUCAAGCAGCUCCAGGUCCCUCUGGCGGCUUCUUUUCUGAUGUUUUAUUCGAAAGUUUGGACAUAUGCGAGCCCGUAAAGAAUGCUCUUAAGGAGAUGAAGAUGGAGAGAUUAACAGAAAUACAAGCAAAGGCAAUCCCUCGUCUCCUUGAAGGAAAAGAUGUAUUAGGUGCAGCAAAGACAG